AUGGAGACACGUGACAAAGCUGAGCUCUGCUUUCCACAACUCCUCAACACCUCCUGCACGAAGCCUGCUUCUCCACCGUCUGUACUUGUGUUUCUUUACAUCAUGCUGUCAUGCAUCUCUGUGAUCACUGUGGCUCUCAACCUGCUUGUCAUCAUCUCAGUCUCCCAUUUCAGGACGCUGCACACUCCCACGAACAUCCUCCUCCUCUCCCUGGCUGUCUCAGAUUUCCUUGUCGGUGUCCUGUUGAUGCCAGGAGAAAUCCUCCAACAAACAGCUUGCUGGUUUCUUGGUGAUAUGAUGUGUUCUCUGUAUAAUUAUGUGUCCUAUAUCAUUACUUCUGCCUCAGUAGGAGAUAUGGUGCUCAUAUCAGUUGACCGCUAUGUGGCUAUUUGUGACCCUUUGCAUUACCCCACUAGAGUCACUGAGAAGAGAGUUCAACUAUGUGUUUGUCUUUGUUGGCUCUGUUCUGUUUUCUACACAACUUUCAUUUUAAAGGAUGAUUUGAUUCAACCAGGCAAGCACAAUUCCUGCUAUGGAGAAUGUGCUAUUGUAAUCAGCUACACUGCAGGAAUUAUUGACCUGAUUUUCACCUUUAUUGUUCCCAUCUCUCUCAUCAUAGUUGUAUACAUGAGAGUUUUUGUGGUGGCUGUGUCUCAGGCUCGUGCCAUGCGCUCUCACAUUGCAGCCGUCACCGUUGAGGUUUCAUUGACUCUAGCAACAAAGAAAUCUGAGUUGAAGGCUGGCAGGACUCUUGGUGUUCUAAUAGUUGUAUUUCUAAUGUGUUUCUGCCCAUAUUAUUGUGUUGCACUUGUUGGGAACAACUCAAUCAGUAGCUCUUCUUUGACUUUUGUCCUGUAUCUGUUCUAUUUUAACUCCUGUAUAAACCCUCUAAUCUAUGCACUAUUUUACCCCUGGUUUAGAAAAGCUAUGAAACCCAUUGUCACUCUACAGAUUCUGCAGCCUGGCUCCCGUGACACCAACAUACAGUAGCAAGUCUUUAAAAUGAGAUG